AUGGCCCAAAAACUGACUUUACAGCAUCCACUGCAGCGUUUGCCGAGUCCAUCACGGGGCUUCUCUGCUCUCGUUCAUGCAACUGGUCUUGCCAGCUUUCUAUGGUCUUUCAAAUGGAUGCACGACAAUCCUAACCAGGCUAAUGAGGCCUAUGGCUGGCACUUUCAGUAUUUGACCGUCAUAGGGCUGGGUCUCUCCACUUUGACCUUUGCUUGUGGCCUGCUAGCUGACCUCACUCUGUCUCGACGGCUAUUUUUGGCCAAGAACAUAUUGUCUGUGUGCAGUUGCCCCAUGGAAGUUUUGAUCAGUGUUCUGUACUGGGGCCUUCACCUGAUUGACAAAAACCUGGUCGUCCCUCCGGAGAUCUUCAUCCCGAUUCAUGCUGACAUCAGCUUCCAUGCAAUUCCUUCGAUUGUCAUGCUGGUGGACUUGCUUCUGCUAUCCCCGCCUUGGACUAUCACCGCCCUUCCUUCUCUGGGGUUGUCCGGCGCCAUCGCCUUUGGCUAUUGGUUCUGGGUGGAGAAGUGCUUCAGCUACAAUGGCUGGUACCCGUAUCCUAUCUUUGAAUUGCUGCCCACUCCUGGUCGCAUCGGCUUGUUCUCGAUGAGUGCCAUCGUCAUGGCACUUAGCACUGCCACUUUGAAAUGUGUGUAUGGACGGAUUAAUGGCUUUGGGACCCUUGUUCCUGCCCAGUCUCGAUCCGGUGAUAUCAAAAAGGAGGACGGACUUUAA